UCCUGUCCCUGAAGUGUUCAAGGCCAGACUGGACAGGACUUGGAGCAAAGUGCUCUAGUGAAAAGUGCCUCUACCCAUGGAAGGGGCAGGGGAAGCUGGAUGAGCCUUAAGGCCCCUUCCAAGCCAGUCCAUUCAAGGAUUCCAUGGUUUUAUGGCUCUGUGUCAGAGUCAUUUGGUGACAGAGUCACCUGAACUCCAGUCCAGCUGUGAGCUCUGAUGCAGCACCACCACUGUGACAAGAGCAUCCCCACUGUGACAAGAGCAUCCCCACUGUGACAUCAGCAUCCCCACUGUGACACGAACACCACCAAGGCAAGCCCUUCUUUCUGCAUCCCAGCCGACUCCAGCCAGUCGUGGUUCGCCAUGGACUUGCUGACACGUGUCGUGCGUGCUCUGUUCCUGCUGGCCCUGCUGCUGGCAGUGACUCCCUGCCCAGGAGAGUCCAAGGAGCUGUGCCCGCACCCCUGCCGCUGCCAGAGGCGUGGACUGCUGGACUGCCGCCACGCCGGCCUGGCCACCGUGCCCCCGGCCACCCGCCGACGGGCCCUCACCGUCCUAGAUUUCACUGGCAACUCGAUUGCUACUUUGGAUGAACAAACAUGGAAGGAAUACCCCUGGACUGAGACUCUAGUCCUCAGGGACAAUGAGCUGCAGGCAGUGAAGAGCCAUUCCCUGGAGGGGCUGUUCCUGCUGAAGCACCUGGACUUGUCUGCCAAUAGGAUCCUGCUGAUUGAGGAAGGUGCUUUUGAGCCACUGCCUUUCCUGAGGCUUCUAAACCUCAGUGGGAAUGGCCUCACACAGAUCCACAGCAGCACUUUCCAGGCAUGGCACGGGAUGCAGUUUCUAGAGGAGCUGAUCCUAAGCCACAACCCCCUGACCGUGAUUGCUGACACAGCAUUCUUCAAGCUGCCUUCAGUCAACUAUCUGGACCUGAGUGCAACUCAAGUGACUCCGCAGACGUUGCUGCUGCUCCUGCAGACAACAGUGCACUUGGAAACCCUCAAACUGCCCAAGGAUGUGGCCUGCUGCCUCUGCCAGGAGCAUGCCAGCACCGAGACCCCGUGCAGGACCAUCCAGUUCCUCUGUGAGAACCUGUGCAGCAGCAGCAGUGCCCAGUGUGCUGCUCACACAGGUCCUGUGGCACAGACACAGGGAGAAGUAAUGGAAGUGGAGCCCUCCGGAAAAGCAAAGAGCAGCCCAGUAUUGAACCUCAGGGCCAAGCAGCCUUCGCUGGGAGACCAUGGAACUGUAACUCUUGGGGUUGCCCUGACCCUGAGCAGCACUGAGGGGGAUGUCAGCAGCCUCAAGGAUUCCAGAUCAGAUUCAUAUCCCCCUGAGCACCUCUCCAGGCAGGAAGGCAAAACAGCUGAUGAUGAGCUGAUGCUUGAGGUCAAGAAUAAUCUGCACAAGGCUAAAAGCAUCAUGACUGUGAAAAGCAUCGUCUCACGCCAGCCCCAGCCUGUCAGGGAGAAGGAUGUGGAGGAAAAGUCAAUCACAGUCUGGGAACGAAAGCAGAAGGGCUCCCAUUUGAACUGGCAGGCAUUAAACCCCUGGGAUGAAGCUGGUGGGCUAAACCCCUCUGAGGAUUAUUCUGAACACCACAAAGUAUCCACACUGCCUUCAAAACAGUCCCCUUCGCACUCCACAGCAAAGGGACGUCGUUUCUCCAGGUCUGUCAAUAUUCUGAACUACUACAAUGCUGUGGAACAGACUCAGAACACCAUUGGGAUGGAGGAUGUGGAGGAUAGAGAAGAGGAGGAGGAAGCCCCAUCUUCAAAGCAGAACUAUGGUUGGACUCAGAAACAGCACAACAAGAAGGCCAGCCAGCAAAAGCAGCGGGAUUCCCAUUUGAACUGGCAGGCAUUAAACCCUUGGGAUGGAGCUGGUGGGUUAAACCCCACUGAUGAAGACUCUGUCUCUGGACACCACAAAGAUGUGGAUGUAGCUCCAUCUCCAAUAAGGAAAUACAUUUGGAAAAAGAAAGAGCACAAGAAGACCAACAGCCAGUAUUGGGUUGGCCAAAAUCCGCUUUUCUACCAGGUGUUGGGCCCUGCCAAAGCCCAGGGAGAGCCCACAGGCAGAGAAAGCAAAGCCCAGCUGGGUCUAAACAGGAACCUGGAUUUUCUGUCUGACCCGCUGGUUAACAACGGCCCCGCUGCAAUCAGCAGGGUAGAGGACAGGGCUGAAGGAGAGCCUUCCUCUCGAGGUGGGCACUUCCCCCUCCUGCCUGACACCAGGGAGACAGCCUGGAAGCAACAAGUGGAAGAGUUCAGGUCCCUCAACAAGCCAGGUAGCCCUGAGGGCCCAGACGUUUUGCCCGUUCCAGGAGAGGACUUUGAAACCACGGUCGAUCGUUCCCUGCGCUUGCUGGUGCCGGACGAAGGCCUGCGGAUGUUCCUGGCCCACAUGGAGCGAGCCCUGAGGACGGACUGCAGCCUGCCCGGGCUGCAGCUGGCCUGUGCCAAGAUGGUCUCCAAGACUGGGCUGCUUCUAAAUCUCCUCAGCAAGAGACAAGAGAGCGAGGGAGCCUCUGCUUUCAUGAGACAGUGUCUUCUACAAGAGAACAUCUCCAGACGCACAGCCCUGGAGGAGGGCAAGGAACACAGAGGGGAGAAAGCAAUGAAACAUUCCCAGGAGAGAUUCCAGUUUGCGAUAUUGGUGUUGAUCUUCUACAUCACAUAUUUUAUAUUGCAUUGUCUCAUUGAGACAUGCUCCGAGCCUCAUGAAGAUGAUUUCCAACCCCAAUGCCGUAGGAAAUCAUUGCUGAGAAGGUUCUUUAAAAUACCAUGCCGGAGAGGGAGGAAAAAAGAGUACAAGGCAAAGUCUUUAGAGCAGGUAAGAGCAGGGAGCACAUUCCAGUGCUGUCCUUCUGCCCACACUGCCUGCUCAUCCUCACCUCUCCCAAUUAUUCCCCUCCACGGCGCUUUCCAGCACUUGCCUGUUUCCCAUCACUUCAAAGUCAAACCCAGAGUAUUCCCAGCAAGUUGAAGUGUGUAGGAAAGUCUCUUCCUCCACACCCCAGUACUCUGCAUUGCACAGCUCAUCCAGGGAUUUGUUUUCCUGGGAAUCGAGGGCCUGGCGGGUGUUUUUAAGACAAGCAAUACCUGUGCUGCUUCU